UAGUACAUACAUGUUCGCUCCGAUCCGCGAUAUGCUGCGUGUAUUUGUGCACAUGCCAUACGCAAUAGGCCUACAUGUGUAAAUGGUCCUCUCUGAAAACAUGGCGCAAAGCAACUUGGCCGUUCCUCAGGCUCAGUGCAUUAACGGAGCGGAAUCUACGCAACGUGUGGCUCUGAUUACCGGUAUAACCGGUCAGGAUGGCUCCUAUCUUGCAGAACUGCUACUUUCCAAGGGUUACAAGGUUCAUGGCAUCAUGCGCAGAUCAAGUUCAUUCAACACUGGCCGCAUAGCUCACCUGUACGCAGACACCAAGACACAUCAAAUGAAAGAUAUGGUACUACACUAUGGCGACCUUACUGACAGUACCUGCCUCGUGAAGAUUAUCAGUCAAGUACGGCCAACAGAAAUCUACAACCUGGGUGCCCAGAGCCAUGUGAAGGUCUCAUUUGAGCUUGGCGAGUAUACAGCAGAUGUGGACGGUGUUGGUACCCUGCGUCUGCUGGAUGCCAUUAGGACAUGUGGUCUCGGGGACACAGUCCGUUUCUACCAGGCCUCCACCAGCGAGAUGUUUGGGAAGGUACAGGAAAUCCCUCAAACGGAAAAGACGCCGUUCUAUCCCCGGUCACCCUACGGUGCUGCCAAGCUGUAUGCUUACUGGAUCACAGUCAACUUCCGAGAGGCCUACAACAUGUUUGCUUGUAAUGGCAUACUCUUCAACCACGAGAGCCCAAGGAGAGGUGAAACCUUUGUGACAAGGAAAAUUACUCGGGCAGUUGCCAAGAUCCACCUGGGUCAACAGGAGAAUAUCAGCUUGGGUAACCUGGACUCUGAGAGAGACUGGGGGCAUGCCAAGGAUUACGUGGAGGCUAUGUGGAUGAUGCUACAACAAGACAAGCCAGAAGACUUUGUCAUAGCCACUAACCAGGUCCACAGUGUACGGGAAUUUGUCGUUGAGUCUUUCAAAUGCAUCGGGGUGGACAUUGUUUGGGAAGGCAAAGGAACCAAGGAGGUGGGUAAAGACAAAGCCUCAGGGAUUGUACGCGUAAAGGUGGAUGAAAAGUUCUACCGUCCAACAGAAGUGGAUUAUCUACAAGGUGAUCCGAGUAAGGCCAAGACGAUGAUGGGAUGGGAACCCAAGAUCCUUUUCAAGGAUCUAGUGGUUGAGAUGGUAACAUCAGACAUUGAAUUGAUGAAGAAGAACCCCACAGCCUAGUCCUUAGGAUGUAUCAAACCAUCAAACAGACCAAACCAAACAGUGUGUGAGUGAGUGUUCUGAACAACCAGGAGUGCCUUGCAAAUAAAGUAACCCAACAAAGUUUGAUUAGUUGAAAGUUGAGAGAUGGAAAACACACCUUAUACCUUGUGUCCCAUCAAAUGGUCCCAUGAGCCAUGUUGACUGCGACAGAAACAGACUCUGGAAGUUGGACAUGCUUUCAUCUUCGUAUGUGUUUUAUUGGGGGGGGGUUUGGUGUAGAAAACUGUGGCCUUAAUUUAUUCAUGAUAUUACCGGUAAAUUACUGGCAUUUAUCUACAUUGCUUAAGCACGCACACACACAAAUUUCAAACCUGAAGAUGUUCUUCAAUUUGACGUUUUGGUUUUGUAUCUAUUUUGUAUCGGUUCCACCAAUGAAUAGUUUUAUUGAUUGGUUUUUUUUUAAUCGUAAUUAAGUUCUAUUCUUAAGUUCAAAUCAAACAUUCCAAUGUGCCCUUGGCCCAAGAUACAUUUUGAUUUUCUUUUCAAUUUUGUUUCAUUUUGUUGCAUGACGUUUCAUAUGGGUAUUUUACCCAAUUUAUUCAUGAUUUUUGGAAAAAUAAUCCUUUUAUCACUUGGUUGCAGGGUAUUUGAGCAAAACAUAAAUGUACUAAUGCAAGUCUUCCAUUUUGUGCAUUCCUUCAGUUUUUUUUUUUUCUGGCAAUCAGGUAGAAGUUUUCAACGCAUAAUAAACCAACUUACGUAAUUCAUACAUGUACUUCAGCCUGCAGUACCUGGUUAAAAUUCCACCCAGUUGUAUUUGUACACCAAACUUAUCCGGUUUCAAGAGACAAGCAAGAAAUCAUUCUUUGUGAUUGUGCCGACUCAAUUGACAACAACAACAAAAAUUUAUUUCUUUUGAAUUCCCAUUUCAUACUAAAAAAAAAUCUCGUAGAAUUUGUUUUUAACCUAUCAUUACAUUAUUUUUAAUGAAAAUAAUAAUAACAUUUGUAUCGUACAAUUUGUUUGCUUGCAAAUGAAGAAGAAGAACUCUAUUUAAAUACAGCAGGAGUAUUACAAUAGUGGUUGUAAUGGUCAGCACUUUGUUUUGUCUCAAUGGCAGCGAUUUGGUUCAACACCUCUUCAUAAUGAACAACUCAAGACUUAAACUGAGAUGCUGUUUGAGUGUCCUAUUUAAAACGAUUUAGAGAGUGAGCGAAUGUGUACUACGGACAGUGUGGCUGUAGAAUUGUUUGUAUUCAAAUUUAGCCAAAAGUGACUAUAUUUUCUGUUGUAUUCUUAUUAUUAUAAUUUUUAUUAUUAUUAUCAACCAUUCGUUUAGUGCUUAAUACAAAUUUACCAUAGAUACAUAUAUUUUCCAUUUCUAUUAUUUACUUCCUUUUUUUCUAUUUUGAAAAGUUUUGAAAAUACCAGUAUUUGUAGGUUAGGGUCACAAAUACUUUCUGUUGUUAGUAACUGAUACAUAAUGUAUGUAGAUGAAAACCUAUUUUUCUUGUGUUCAUGUUAACAGUGUCAGUGAAUGUAUAUUUUUUUACUGAAAAUAGUAUGUAUAUUAGGCCUUUUAUAGUUUUGGUUCAAUUUUAUCCAGUGGAAUGAUUAAAAUCAGCUUUUGUCAGUGGAAUAUGAUUUAUUAAUUAAACAAAUUGGAAUAACUAUGGCUGCAUUGAUUGGGGAGCAUUGCUACUUCUUGUGCACAGUACCUUCCUAAAUAAAAAAUAAAUAAAUACUGAGUAAAUAAAUUAAACAUUAUUCUACAGGUUGUAAUUAAAUGGUUGAGGUUUUUCGUUAUAUUAAUACAGCCUAUUUGUCAAGUAUUUGGGGCAAUCAUAGCUGUUUUUCACUUUAUGAGCAUCAGUUUUAGUUUUCAACGAUUUUUUUGAAUUUCAUUUGAAGCUGGUAGUCAUUUCGGGAGGAAAAUGAGGGACAGAAAACAUUUUGAACUAAAAGCAGUUUCCUCGUUGAAAACAGAAACAUGAUUCCUGAUUCGUAACUAGUGUAAAAGAUAGAACUCAGUGCAAUCGAAGUGAAUAAAUUAUUUAGUUUUUCUUCCGUUUUUUCUUUUGAAGCAUA